CGAACGGUCCAUGUGCCAGUGUCGCGCAGUCGCGAGGGAGGAAACACCAAUUCGCACACUGUAGACCUUCUGGAGGGACAGCAUUUCGGUCGCGAGCGUGUCACAAGCAUGACGCGCGGUAUAUUGAUUUUAUAGUUGUACAGCGGUAACCCUGCAGCUGCCAGCGGAUUCACCGGCGCACCUUGCAGCCAUGCCGGCUAUCUCUCAACACCAGCCGAAUGCGCGACAACCUGACAUGCAACAAACCACCGCACCGCCUGCAAAGCACAAGCGUUUCGCGUCGCUGUUGCGCCUGCCUUCGUCGUCCCCGAGAAAAGAUAAAGACAAAGAAAGUCCCUCAGCUUCCUCUUCGCGCGCGCCACGCGCAACAACAAACCCCACCACGCCUACGGCGCCUGCUCAGAGCGCGCCCUCUGCCUCCGCGUCCUACUUCUCCCCACAGCCCGGCUCCUCCGGCUCCUCGGGCUCAGGUACCGACCUGCGCUCGCCCGGAAGCAAGAGACCGCCCGCUUCAUUCAGUGGUCAUGGCAUAAACAACUCGCGUGGACCGCCCGUCAGCUUGAUCACACGAGGGAACUCGGACUACGUGCGCAAGAAGGCGCCUGCCACGACCCCGACCCAGCCCCAGCGACAGCACUCAGGGCUGCCGACGCCUAUCGCUGGUCUGCAACGGAUGGGCCCGCAGGCCGACGACGACGACUCAGACACGUCGAGCGCAAGCGAGGCCACCGCGUCCAUACCGGCAGCCAGCAAGCCAACGCUCUCCCGCCAGAGCACUGUCACCAGCGUGCGCUCCUCGCGACACAUGGCGAGCAUGCGGGACGAGUCCUCUGGCCUCGACGACACUCGCAGCGCGCACAUUGGACGCGCAAAGAGGAACGUGUCUGGCACCGAGAGCGAGGACCUCUUUCUGAACAUCGCCGAAGACAAUGCGCCAAAACGACGUGCCAUCGAUGCUGCUGCGCGACAGGACCGCCUGCGCUCACGCAUUGCCCGGGUGAACAACCGACACUCGACACCCUCCGGUGCGCAAACGUCCUCGCCAGCGCACGUCAUGUCUGCCUACACUACACCCACCACAAGCCGCAUACCCUUCACCUCCUCCACCGACCCCAAAGCAAGCGCGUUGCCUCGCCGAACCACCACCUUUCCCGCCCCAGCCAGGACGACAUAUCAGUCACCACUUUCACCAACCAACCCGACCGACACACAGCGCACACGCUUGCCCGAGCUCAAUGCCAAGACCUCUUUCUCGUCGUCCAGGAGAGAUGCAGAGCUCUCUCCCAGCGAGUUCCUUGCCUCUAUGCGACGACCCUCUGUUCCUGAUACGCUUCAGACGCCGCCGAAGCGCGCGGCUACAUAUGCUUACCGACCUUCCAAUCUGAGCUACACACCCGCACGCCUGGAGCCAAAAACACCACAAUCCGAGUCGAGACACGAAGCGUCGUCACACCACGAUACCGAAUCCCAUGGCUCAACUGGUCCGGCGGCUUCAGUAUGGGAUGAAUUGGAUGAGCUGAAGACGAGGAUCAAGAAGAUAGAAAUAGGUGGCGGCAAGACUCCAGCAACAUCCAAUGCCGCAGUUGCUCAGGCUUCCGCUGAGCGCCCACGAACAGCCAACACAACAGCUACCACCGUCUCUUCCUCGCCACAUCAGCAGCGCAAACCCAGUGGAUCGCCGUCAGAAUCGACUGUCGAAGCGCCUGCCAACAAGGUACAUCCGCUACUGAGAGAUGCUCUUGCAAAGGCCAAACAGCACACCACAAUUUCAGUGUAUCGCGCACUUGAAACAACAGCAGCAGAGGCUAUUGCGCUAGCAGAGAUGGCAGGAAGCACAGGCAUGCUGAGCUCCGCUGCCUCAGUCUAUAGUGGUGCUGGAGCGGCUGAUCGACAAGUUCGCCGUAAAGCUGACAAUCUCUGUCGUAGUUUGACAGAGCUGUGCAUAGCAUUGUGCGACACUAAGCCAAGUCUGGUGAGUCCUGCUAUGCGCUCCUCGGCUGCUGUUGCUGCUUCUGCUGCUGCACGCAGGCCCAGUGUACAGGUCAAUGGCGAGUCACCAAAGGCAACACGCGAUGGCGAGGACACCGACAGCGUCAUUUCGUUCUCGGGUGUUAGUCCCAGCCGAGCACUUGAGCGUAUUGAAGCCCGCAGAACCAGCAUGCUUGCAGCCUCUACCAGUAAACGCCCGACCAGUCGGGACACCAAUGGUUCGACCGAUCCGCUCACUGCUUCACGUGUGCAGCGAGCAAGCACUAGUAUGAACCGAACUCGACGCCAGUCAGAUGCGGAUGUAGAUGGAGACGAAGAUGAAGAUGAUACACUGCGCGCACCAUCCCGUGCAAUGACAGACUUCAGACAGUUGCGAAGCAUCAACACCAACACCAGCACUCCCACCAAUGUCAAUAACAGCAGCUUCGAGAAAAACCGACAUAGUAGAACAUACACGUCGCAGGAGCCUAUGCCGGAAUUGCAGCCAUCACCUAAAUUUCAGCCCACGCCGAGCCAACGACGGCCAACCGUGACUGGUGUGCCAAAUGAGAACGGUCUCCUUUUCAGAGACAGCACACGGCGCUUCAACUUUGACCGACAGAGUUCACCUGCGGUCGAGAAGCAGACUGUCAACGGUCUACGAGAGCGACUCCAACUCGGCGCGAAUCGCAUCAACCCCAACCGCAAUUCGAUUGGCACCACAGCAGAUUUGAGUCGCAGCAUGAGCCUGGGUCGCACAAGGAUGAGAGGAGCAAGUACCGGACAGUGAGCAGAUGCAGACCUGCAUGUAUUUUGAUUGAGCGUUUCUGACGAUUGUAACGAUAUAUACCCAGUCUAUCGUCCGGCCGAUGCGUUACUGUACAGUAUCUCUUACGCACUUCGCCAGUGCCGGAACGGUGCGUCACGGCAUUGCGUGUUCAGCGGCGGCGGCUGUAGCCACACGAUGUACGAUUAACAUCUGUCGAGAUUUGGAAGAGAUCUUCAUAGCGGUCACAUCUUUUUCAUGGACGAUUCUUAAGGCGUAACAGGGCAUUCGACGGGCAUCACGAAUGCAUUCAGCGCAGCGCAGUAUCGACGACAAGACGUCCAUGCAGCGAUUUUCACGUUCACGAUGAGCAUAGCAAUAUUGUACUACGCAUCAAGGUUGCGUGCGUAUGUAGGUUCGAUUACUCAUACAACACAUUCUCAAUUUUCC